AAGGGGAAGUGUGAGGAGUUCCCCUCUGGCCUGUCACCAGUCUCCUCAGGCCCUCAGAGUGGCAGUCCUGAGGCCUGGCAGCGGCCAUGGAGCCUCUGGAGACUCCCAUCAAGGACGGCAUCCUCUACCAGCAGCACGUCAAGUUCGGCAAGAAGUCCUGGCGGAAGGUAUGGGGUCUGCUGUAUGCAGGAGGACCAUCAGGUGUGGCACGGCUGGAGAGCUGGGAUGUCCGGGAUGGUGGCCUGGGGCCAGCAGGCGACAGGUCUGCAGGACCCUACCGGCGUGGCGAACGGCGGGUCAUCCGCCUGGCUGACUGCGUGUCUGUGCUGCCUGCUGAUGGUGAGAGCUGCCCCAAAGAUACUUGUGCCUUCCUGCUCACCACCACAGAGCGAAGCCACUUACUGGCUGCCCAGCAUCGCCAGGAAUGGAUGGGCCCCAUCUGCCAGCUGGCCUUCCAGGGCACAGGGGAGUGUUCCUCGGGACCAGGGGAGGUAGAAGCUUCCAAGAGGGGCUUGGUCCCCAUGGAAGAGAAUUCCAUCUACUCCUCCUGGCAGGAAGUGGGUGAGUUUCCAGUGGUGGUGCAGAGGACCGAGGCUGCCACCCGCUGCCAGUUGAAGGGGCCCCACCUCCUAGUGCUAGGCCAAGAUGCCAUCCAGCUGAGGGAGCCCUCCAACCCCCAGGCCCUCUACACCUGGCCCUACCACUUCCUGCGCAAGUUCGGCUCUGACAAGGGCAUGUUCUCCUUUGAAGCUGGACGCCGCUGUGACUCGGGUGAGGGUCUCUUCGCCUUCAGCAGCCCCCGAGCCCUCGACCUGUGCAGGGCUGUGGCCGCUGCCAUUGCCCGCCAGCGGGAAAGGCUGCCAGAGCUGGCUGGCCCCCGGCCCUGUCCUCUGCCUCGGGCCAUCUCCCUGCCCUCCCUGGACCCACCAGGAGAGCUGCGGGAGGCGCCCCCAGGCCUUGAGUUACAAAGCUCCCGCAGGGUGCGCCUGGCUGAGCCCGGCCCCCAAAGCCUGCCCCUACUGCUGAGCCCAGCACCCCAAGAUGAGCCACUAUCUGGGCUCUAUGCAUCAGUGUGCAAACGGGCCAGUGGGCCCCCAAGCAAUGCCGAGCACCUCUAUGAGAACCUAGGCAUGCUGGAGGCAGGCCCCAUGCUGCCCAGGGAUAGGGACCCCGAGCAGGAGGGUCCCAGCCACCGCAGCCCCCUGGCCAGCCCUAUCUACCACAACAGUGAGGACCUGGGCUGGCCUGGCCCCACCCAAGACAGCAGCCUGGAGGCCCAGUACCGGCGGCUGCUGGAACUGGAGCUGGGCGACAGUGAUGAAGCUGGGGCCUCCAGUCGUCCCAGUGUUCACUCAGGCUUCAAGGCCAAGCUGGUGACGCUGUUGAGCCGAGAGCGGAAAAAGGGCCCUGCCCCCUGUGACCGGCCAUGAAAGUCCUUGAUGGCUCUGCGACAGCAGGAGAGAAAGGUGCUCUGCUGUCCCUGGGCCAGGGCAAACAAUGGACAUCCAGAACACACCCCCACAUCCACUCUGGCCUGUGGGGAUGAGGCAAGCAGGCUGGGGAGGACCUCUCGUGUAUCCUGCCAGCCCCUCAGUGUACAGUGUAC